CGCGAUGGUGUACUUCGGGAGGGAUUCACUAUCAUUGAGCCCACGAGUGGUAACACUGGUAUUGGGUUGGCGUUGGCGGCGGCCGUCAAGGGAUACAAAUGCAUAAUUGUUAUGCCGGAGAAGAUGUCGAACGAGAAGGUGAAUGUAUUGCACGCGUUGGGCGCUAAGAUUGUCCGCACACCGACUUCGGCCAGUUAUGACUCGCCUCACAGUCACAUCAAAGUGGCGCAAAAGCUCUGCCAACAGAUCAAGAACUCUGUAAUUUUGGAUCAAUACCGCAAUGUGAACAACCCUUUGGCCCAUUACGACAACACCGCUGAAGAGAUACUCCACCAGACGGACCAUAACGUGGAUAUGGUUGUCGUGGGCGCCGGCACUGGAGGUACAGUCACUGGCAUCGGACGUAAACUCAAAGAAGUGUUGCCCGACUGUAAGGUUGUUGGAGUUGAUCCGUUCGGAUCAAUACUGGCUCUGCCCGAAGACAUUAAUAAAUCGGACACAACUUUCUAUGAAGUGGAAGGCAUUGGAUAUGAUUUCAUUCCUACAGUUUUGGAUCGAAGUGUUGUCGACAAGUGGUAUAAAUCUGAAGACAAAUCAUCGCUAGAAAUGUCUCGAAAGCUCAUCGCAGAGGAAGGGCUACUCUGUGGCGGUUCUUCGGGCACUGCAGUUGUGGCCGCACUGAAAGCCGCAAAAGAGCUCCGGGAAGACCAGAGAUGUGUUGUCAUACUUCCGGAUGGAGUUCGCAAUUAUAUGACAAAGUUUUUGGACGACAAUUGGAUGAAUGAGAGAAACUUUGCCACAAAUGCUGAGGAGGAAGAGGAGCAGAAGCCAUGGUUUUGGAACGAACCGAUCCAUAACUUAGUGAAGGGAAUGAAUGUGGAGAGCGUCGCACCCAAUACUAAAUGCUUUGAAGCGAUUAGUAUAAUGCGAAGACACGGUUACGAUCAGCUCCCAGUCCUCAGCGACGAUAGCUAUUUGGUGGGAAUGGUUACUGUC